GGGCAGGACGGAAAGCGAAACCGCCUCGGGGAGUUUCGGUUUCUCCUCGCGGCCGCGUGCGUAUGUGCGCGCGUGUCCCGACUAGCCGACCUCGGGGAGCCCCGCGCGGAGAGGGAGCUCUGCCUUCUUGCCAUGUCGUCGCCUCCGCUGCGGCUGAAGGAGUGGCUGGUGGCGCAGGUGGAGAGCGGGCGCUUCCCGGGGCUGCGCUGGGAGGACCGCGGGCGGAGGGUCUUCCGCAUCCCCUGGAAACACGCCGCCAAGCAGGACUACCGACAGACCCACGACGCCGCCCUCUUCAAGGCCUGGGCCAUCUACAAGGGCAAGUACCACGAAGGGCAGGACAAGGCCGACCCCUCUGUGUGGAAGACCCGGCUCCGGUGCGCCUUGAACAAAAGCACCGACUUCAAGGAGAUCCCGGAAUUGAGCCACUUGGACAUUUCGGAACCGUACAAAGUGUAUCAGGUGGUGACCAGCCCGGCUCCCCCUGAAUCCCAGCAAGAAACAGAUAAAGAAAAUAGUAAAGAGUCCCUCCAGGAGCCAAACAUACCUGCGACGUCUGCACAACAAGAACGGAGAUCCAAUGGCAGAUCCAACAAGGCCAGCUCGGCAUCCUCAGAUUCAGGCGAGGAAGGCAAGGACGAGCCCAUACAAACCGACCAGGGUUCCUCAGGGCUGGACCAGGUUUCCCCAAAGUCAGUCCAUGCUGAGCAACAGGGCCUCCAAGUGAAAGGCUUUUUCUAUGGCUGUACUCCAGCGCAGUUUCGGUGCCACGCGGUGCCCCACAUCAUCGGCCCCACCUCCCAAUGCGCAGACAUGGAGAGCAUCAACUCAGACUUCUGGCUGCACAUCCGCCUCUACUACUGCAACGUCCUGGUGAAGGAAGUGACCACCAGCUCGGCCGAGGGCUGCCGCCUGACCUUCCUCCCGGUGCCGGCUGACAACCCCUGCCUCUACGGCCCCAGCGGCAUGGAGCAGAUCGAGCUGCCCUCCCCGUCCAUCCUGGCCGGGAAGAGCCAGCUGUCGCGCGGGGUGGGCGUGCUGGAGCGGCUGCUGCCCCACCUGCACCGGGGGGUGCUCCUGUGGGUGGCCCCCGAGGGGGUCUUCCUCAAGCGGCAGUGCCAGGGCCGCGUCUACUGGAAGGGGCCCCUGGCGCCCCACGCCGACCGGCCCAACAAGCUGGAGCGCGAGAAGACCUACAAGCUGAUGGACGCUGAGCAGUUCCGGCAGGAGUUGGAGACCUACAAGAGCCACGGAGAGCCUCCUCCUCAGUACCAGAUCAGCUUAUGCUUCGGAGAGGAAUAUCCUGCGGCCCUCAACCAAAAGUUCCAGGGCUUCAUCAUGGCACAUGUCGAGCCAGUCUUUGCCCGGGAUCUCUUCCUUCACGCCCAGCAGUCGGUUCCCCGUUCGCUCCAGAAUUCUCUCUGCUGCAAUGCGGACGCUUCCAGGAACAUGAGCCAGAUCCUGAAGCAAAUGUGCUCCCCUUGAUGGGCCAUGAAGCCCGGCUCGUUCGGAAUUUUUUAAAGUACCAACACUGUCUUUCAUCCAGGACAGGACCUGGGUGUAUUCAGCAGCGAGCAUCUCUGGUGUGGAAGGAGGGCAUUUAACCUGGACUGCAGGCUGUUCGGUCAUUGCAACUUAAGACUAAUUCUAAGCAUUGGUUUUAAUGUCAGGGAAUGGAAGAAUGCCUUGCUCUGAAAGCAUCCAGGAGUCAAGAGUCACACAUUUGCCCCAUAACUUUGAAUAUGUUUUGACAGAUUUUAACUGAGUUUUUUAAAAUGCUUGUGUUCAAUUCUAUUUUAAUGUUUGCAAUUUGUAUAUUUUUUAAAUUGUACGCUCAUGCUUUUAUUGAGUCCCCUUGGGGAGAUAAGAGGGAUGUAAAUAAAUAUAAUAAUAAUAAUAAUAAUAAUAAUAAUAAUAAUAAUAAUAAUAAUAAUAACAACAAUAACAACAGAUUACAAUGAAUAGGCACAUCAAUAUGCACGCCAGGAGCCUUGGUUGCAUCUACACUGUGGAAUUAAUGCAGUUUGACGUCACAUGCAACUGCAAUGGCUCAAUGUAAUACAAUCCUGGGAUUUGUAGUUUGGCAGAGAAGGCUCUCAAGGGCCUUGUAAAACUACAACUCCCAAUUGAGCCAUUUGCACUUAAAAGUGGUGGCUGAAGAUUUGUAAAACUAUAAUUCCCAUGAUUCUGUAACAGGCAUGGGCAAACUUGGGCCCUCCAGGUGUUUUGGACUACAACUCCCACUAUUCCUAACAGCCUCAGGCAAGCAGCUGAGGGGGAAAAGGAAAGGGCCUGAGGCUGUUAGGAAUGCUGGGAGUUGUAGUCCAAAACACCUGGAAGGCCCAAGUUAUCCCAUUCCUGGUGUAGCACAUGCUUUAAACAUAUAAGCAGUUCUGCAUUCCCUGCAUUGGCCACUAGAUGGCACUGGGAGCCCAUUUAGCAAGAUAUUUUAAUCCUAUUUUCCAUUUUUCCUUUUAAAGGAGCUAAACAUCCUUCAGCCUCCCCUGCAAUUAAAGUUAAAGCACUAUUUUCCACCUCUGUGUAUGAAACCAGAAGAGUAUAACAACCCAGGUUUAAAUCACUUUUAAUUAAUGUGGUUUGACAAUUGCUUUAAUUGCCAUGUCUCAAUGCUACGUAAUCCUAGGAAAUGUAGUUUUGCAAGGUCUUG